UGACAUCGAACGCAGCAAACAGUCGGUAUGCAGUUUGAAUAAAGAUGCAGUCCGAGUCGCAGCGGGGUUCCACCGGCGUCGUCGCCGCCACUCCAAACUGGCUUAACGAUCGCUUUCUGCAGGAAGUGAUACGCAAAGCCAAAAACGACGGUUCGAUUACGCUCUAUCACGAUUGCAAGAUUCGACCGGGUGGCCGAGAUGGUUUUGAGCAUGCGAGUAAUCUCUUCCGGACCACCGUUCACUAUCGUCGUCGGUCCAUGCCCCGGGAGCCCCGGGAGCAGGCCGUCGAUUUGAUACUGAAGAUCGACCGGGGACUACUGAGAAGUGAUGCGCAAUUUGCGACGGAAAUUCGGAUGUACAGGGAGGUGUUUCCGGCGAUGGAGGAAGUGCUGAUGAAGAUUGGAGAAGCGAUGGACGUUCCGAAGUAUUUUUAUUCCUCGCAUGAACCGCGAAACUUGAUCAUAAUGGAAGAUUUAUUCCCAUCCGGAUGGGUUCAAAAACGAGAAUUGGAUUCUUUCGAUGAUGGAAAACUGUGCAUUGAAGCUAUCGCAAAAUUCCACGCAGCGUCCUACGUGAUAUAUGAAAAGUCCAAACAGCUUUCCAGCAUCUCUAAAGCGAAUGUUGACAUCAACAAAAUGACCUCCGCGAUCGAUUUGCUGAUUGAAUUCCUGUGUAAUCAACCCGGCUGCAGCCAAAUGGGAACGAAAUUGCGUUCCCUAAAGCCGCAUUUCCAGAACAAACUCAAACAGCUCUACAGCCCACCAAAUUCCAACCACUUCAUCAGCGUUCUCAACCAUGGUGACCUGGAUGUAACCAACCUUUGGUACAGAACCCAUCCGGACAGUAAAGUGACAAUGAUUGACUUUCAAAGCUGUCACUGGGGAACGCCUACCGUCGACUUGCUUGGACUGCUUGAUUUGGUUCUGGAUCGUACGGCGAGAAGAACCCAGAGCGAUCGCUUGAUUCGAGAAUAUUACGAAGCAUUUACGGGUUAUCUUGCUCGGAUGGGGUAUCGUGGAACGCCAUACAACCUGCAGGGACUCGUGAAGGAGCUACGACGAUGUAUCGUUCUCGAACUACUGCACCUGGCUAUGCGGUAUCAACGAAAGAACGAUAGUAGUGCAAACGAAAAUCGAGUGGACAGAAGUACUAUCGAUACCGAAACACAACAGGAUCUGAGCGAGUUAUUGCGUAGAGGACUUCUGGAUUAAAAUUUGUUCCAUCAUUUAACGGUAUUGAGAGCAGGGAAACAAAAUAAUAAUAGAACAACUGCACCUUUGUUGUGAACAUUGUCUAUCAUAAUAAUAAAAAUAAACUACAAUAA